AUUUGUUUGCGCCAUUUGCCAAUUUUGCCCCUGUGUGAAAUAUUUAUACUGAAGCCGGCUUCAUUUUAAAUCGUGAACUCUUAUCAAUUUCAAAUAGUUAGCUGUCUAAUAAAACAUCGGUAAAAUUUUCUAUCUUCUACCGAAGACAGUACUAUCUUUACCCAGAUAAAUCAGCAAUCGAGUGAGCACCAGCAACAAUGUCGUCUAAGGACAAAAAGAAGGCUAAGCUAUCCGAAUCAGAAUCAGCAUCGUCAUCGUCGUCGUCAGACUCUGACAGUUCACCGCCACCACGAAAAGAUGCCAAAACGAAAUCGAAAUCGGCAAAUGUUUCGGUUGAAUCGGCAAAGGGGAAGACCAAUAGUCUACGAGUCGCUGGAGAGAAGGAGCCAACGUGGGAACUGGGUUCCAAGAAAUUCAUUACGAUUGGCGACUUUAAGGGCAAGACAUACAUCAACAUACGUGAAUAUUACACGGAUGCCAAAGGUGACGUCAAGCCAGGGAAGAAGGGAAUCGGACUGAACAUCGAACAAUGGCAAAACCUUUGCAACAGCAUCGAUGAAGUCAACCAAGUUUUGAAGUAAUAAGUCUGCUCGUACGAGCGUAAUUUUCGCGAAUUUAAAAUUAAAUUUCUUUUGUUAAAACAAUCGCCCAUGAAAAAGACAAAAAUAUAAUUUUUACUC